ACUUAUUUAUGCAGAAUACGACACGACCGUUUGUUACAGUUACGUAAUUUCCUUAUGGAAAAUAAGUACAUUGCCAACAUAAUGAUGUAUUACAUCUUUUUUAAAGAAUUUGAUCGUACAGAUUAUACAUUUGAAUAAUGAUAAUACAACAAAGAUACUUUGAUUUUAAUCGACUGUUCAUAACAAAUGGUUCAGUCAUUCUAUGUAACAUAUACAGUUCUUUUUUUUACCUUUUAUCGAAUGUAAAAGUGUAAAUUUCAUUUUCUAAUGUUUCGUUUAUUGAAAUAUAAUGACUACACUUGUUAAUCAUGCUUGACAUUCUCUUCAACAUCAUUUUUUUUAUAUAGAGAGAAUAUAGACACAGAUAAUAAUGUACAUACAUACACACAUAAAGAUAAGACUUGUAUACAUGAUUACUAAACUAAUAGUUCAUUUAAUGAUCUCACUACAAUAAGAGAUAGACAAAAUUCAAAAUAGAAGAAAUCAUGUAAGUAUGUUUAAAUUAUCUUAUGAUAAGAACCUCCCGACGAGAUCAAUCUUUGUCUAUGAAUAUAGAUAAAAGAAAACUUAUUGAUCCCUUAUUGUCAAUCAUAUAUUUAUUAGUAUCAUUUGCCAGCACAAGGUCAAUAAGCUGUCUGAUAUCUAAUAACACGAUCGCUGUGUUUGUGUUAUCUCAUAACAACAAAAAAGACAAAAUAUAUCUAUCUAUAUGAUAUCUAUAUUAGGAUAGUCGACGUCCAAUGUGCUUUGACAUAUCUCUAAUUUUCUAUCAAGAAAAAUAAUCUAAAGUUUAAAUAAAUGAAUAAACAAAAACUUGAUAUUUAUGAUUGAUGAAUUUACAGUAUCACGUACAAAGACUAGUUCCAGCAGUAAAAGUCUUCUUAUAACGUGCAGAUGAUUUUCCUCUAAGAAUUCUUUUUCAAGGACGUAACCACAUGACAAGACCAUUAUUUGUAUGUCUGUCAGCCUUGGCAUACUACGUAGAUAGUACAACAACUCGACUGUUAGCUAUAUAUGUGGCAACUGGCAGUUCUGUUUUUUUUUCUUCGUCCUCUUCCGCGUACUUUGCAGUUCACAAAGAGAGAAUUUUGUUAUUAUUCCUUCUUCCCUCCACAUCACGAUUGCUCGAGAGCAACUCUCUUUUUUUUUCUUUCUAAGAAAAACUAUUCUUCUUAUUUUUUUUUAUAAUCCAUGUGCAUAUAUUAACAUAGAGAAAAAAAAAAGAGGCGAGGAAAACCGCUUAGAUUAUACUUAUAUAACUAUUGAUUUCUAGAUAAAUGUUAACAAUCAUAAGGUAGUUAAUUAACGUUUUUCUCCUUCUUAUUCCAAUGCAUUUUGACACAAGAUUAUUCAUAAUUAUUAUCAUCAAUUUAACAUCAUAUUUUAGUCAAGAUUCCGAUGAUCAAAGUUAUUUAUCAUUAAUUGAAUUUAAUCGUGGAGGUAGUUUAACAAAUCUUAUAUUAUCAUCGCCCCAUGGUGGUUUUCUUGGUGCAAAUUUAACAUCGAAAAACACUGGAAAAAAAUCACGGAAUAAUGAAAUAUUAAUAACCACAUUACAACAAUUACCAAUAGCCGGUUGUUAUAAUGACACUUUAGAACGAUGUGUAUAUACCAUACAAGAUUGUUUAAAAUCAUAUAAAAAUGAACUUUCCUAUCGUGCUGAUGCAAGAUGUGUUACUAAUCGUAGUUCAACAUUAUCGAUGUAUUUAUUAACAAAAGCUAUAUCGGAAGUAUUCGCAUCACACUAUCGUCCACAUACAAUUUUAAAUAAAUUAACUCGUCAAUAUGUUGAUCCUGCCGAAGAUUUAUUACUAGGAACAUUUUUAAUCGAAAGUGCUACGCGUACAUAUAUUGAUUACCAUCGAUUGAUAGCUAUGGCUAAAGAAGCGAUACGUCCACCGUCACGUGGUCUUUUAAUUGAAUUUAUAUUUCAUCGAAAUUCACAAACAGUACAACUUGGAUAUGGUUACGAUCCAUUACAUUCAUCAAUUGCUGGCAAACCAAUUCAAUCGACAAUGAAUGAACUUAUUUCACGUUCUGGUCCAAGUGUUAUUUUAGGAAAUAAUUCAUUUGGACAUUUUUUACGUCUUAAUGGCUUUAAAUAUGUUAUUCCUUUAGAACAAUCACAGCAACAAAGACAAAUUGGAUAUCGUUUAUCAACUUAUUCAACUCGAAUGCAUGCUGAUCAGCGAUUUAAUGCAAUUCUUUUUUCCUAUCCAAUCGAACGUUUAAGAACUAAUUCAAUUAAACUCGAAGCAAUACGCAUUGCUAAAUCUAUUGAACAAUUUAUACAAACAAAUAACAUCAAACUUCUUUCUUCAUCUUCUUCUUCAUUUUUGUUGUCUGUUAAUGUAAUCAUAUAUUUGUUACUACAAUCGUUUACUAUUUUGUACAUUUAUUUUAUUCAUUGA